CCUUUCUUUUGACAGUACGUCAGCAACGUGAUUCGAUCUUUUUCCGCUUUGAACUCUGAAGAUGGCGGUCGGUAAAAAUAAGGGUCUCUCCAAAGGAGGCAAAAAAGGUGGCAAAAAGAAGGUUGUUGAUCCCUUCUCCCGUAAAGAUUGGUAUGAUGUUAAAGCCCCUAACAUGUUUGCCACUCGCCAAAUUGGCAAAACCUUGGUUAACCGUACCCAGGGUCAGAAAAUCGCCUCUGACUACUUGAAGGGCCGUGUGUUCGAAGUUGCUUUGGGUGAUUUGCAAAAGGACAACGAUUCCGAACGUUCUUUCCGUAAAUUCCGUCUCAUCGCUGAAGAUGUACAAGAUCGUAACAUUUUGUGUAAUUUCCACGGUAUGGAUUUGACCACCGACAAAUACAGAUCUAUGGUCAAGAAAUGGCAAACCCUCAUUGAAGGUAUUGUUGAGGCCAAGACCACUGACGGUUAUUUGCUCCGUGUCUUCUGCAUUGGUUUCACCGCUAAGGAUCAACAAUCCCAACGCAAGACCUGUUAUGCUCAACACUCUCAGGUCCGCAAGAUUCGCGCUAAGAUGCACGAAAUUAUCACCAAUGAAGUCACCACCUCCGACUUGAAACAAUUGGUUGGCAAAUUGGCUUUGGAUUCUAUUGCCAAGGAUAUCGAGAAGAUCUGCCAACGUAUCUACCCAUUGCACGAUGUUUACAUCCGCAAGGUUAAGGUAUUGAAGAAGCCCCGUUUCGAUUUGUCCAAAUUGUUGGAAUUGCACGGUGAUGGUGGCGGCAAAGGUACCGAAGCUGUUGUUUCAGCUGAAGGUGCUGUCAUUGAAAGACCCGAAGGUUAUGAACCUCCAGUACAAGAGUCUGUUUAAGCCUUUUUUAAGUAUAUAACAUCCACAAAUAAUUAACAUACAUUUUUGUAUAAACAAGAAAAUGAAAAGAAAUGGAAACGGAA